CUGUCAAUUCUAUUUUUAGAACGAGUGGCGGCUCGUUUCUGCGAGGGCGGACACCGGUGUCUGCCACCGAAGGAAUGCUGCGCCCAGGGUUGCUGUUACCUGUAUGCACCGCCUAGCGCCCCGCGAACGCCAACUCCGGCAACGGACCACGUACUGAAUCUGUUCUUCAUCAACCAUUGGUACUUUUGGUGCUUUCUGCUGGCAAUAGUGCUAGCUCUGCUGUGUGCCUGUUCCCUAUGGAAGAAACGUCGUCAGCUGUGCGGCUGGGGCUCGCCGGGUCACCAUUCACAGUCGGAAGGGGACUCGGCAGGAUCAUGCUACGCACCACCCCAAUAUAGUCGGUGCAACUCCUUCCACAUCCAUGCUCCACCACCAUACACUGAGGUGACAUCCAAACCGGAUCUCUACCCACUAGUUUUCAGUUAUGCUGGUGACACUGCGAAAGGUGGCGGCGUUGGAGGAGGCGGGGCUAACUACCUAAUGGUUCAAUAUUUUCGAAACUACAUCGUGCGACCGGUGGGUUCGCUGUCUGGCACCAGUACGGUAGAUUCACUUAGUUCUAGCUUUAUAUGUACGGCUAACGAAGCGAACACGCUAAUACCUCCGCCGUAUUCCCGAGCAGCCAGUCCGGAUCUUUCCAUUUCGAUUCGGAAUUAUAACGGCAUUCCAAGGUCUGCUUCACAGCAAGCCUGUACACUGGAAGGAGCUUCCAGUGGUCACAGACCUAAUUCGGUUCCGAACUCGAAUUAUUACAGUGGAUUUAUCGGGAGUCAUGGUUUUGUUUUACGACCAUCAGAAAGUGCCCAAUUCAAUAACAAUGGCGGAGAAGGGGCCAACAGUGGUAGCGGUGGCCGAGGCAGUGAGCAAUCGGGCAGCUCCGCCCAAAUGUCUGGCUCACAAAGUGACCACUAUCGAUUUAGUGUACAUAACAGCAACAAUAACAAUAACAGCAUAGUCAGUGAAGUUUCCAACCCUAUGGGAUUGGUGUACGCGCAGCAUCACCCAGCCCCAGCUGGGGCUUCCAGCUGCAACAAUUCGGUUGAAGGAAACUUGGAUAACAUGCCAGUUGCAAUCAAUGACGAACCCCUCAGUAGCAACAAUACUAACAACGCAAACAGUUGCAUAACUACGCACAGAGACAGUCUAACGAAUGCCAAUAUUUACAGCUCGUGCGGCUCGAUCGGCGGAAUCUCUAUAACGAUUCCAGCCAACUCCGAAAACGAAUAUCAAGACCUUAACGCACUGCGGCGUAGUCUGGAAACAUGCUGCCAAAUUCUGCAACAGAAGCAGGCACAAUUCCGCACCCAUCAGCAGCCUUCCUCCGGAUUUACGGCAAACAGCGAAGAUUCACCCAUCAACGUGGAGCUGGCGAAAAAGUUCGAAGGCAUGCGCUGUUCGUAUAUCGGUUCAAACACGGGUUCCAAUGUAUCGAGCUUAGCGAAUUUAGGUACUCCAGACUCGCCACCUCGCGCCACCAGCCCGACAUUGGAAGUCCGUGAGUUGCUGGAACAAAUACGACAACUACAGAGUGUGAGUACAACGAACAGCACCAGCGAAGGUGUUAUUAUAAUAAAUCCACAAGUUCAGGCCUUGGAGGCGUCUGCAAAUGUAUCGAACUGUUCGAUUAAUGCGCUAAACAGCAACGCUAGUAGUACAGCUACAGCACCACCUGCAACAGCUUCCUCUAGCCACCCUCCAAGGCGGCCUUCAUCGCUGAUAAGUAAGAAAAAAUUCUUCUCUAAAGUCACCUCCUCGCAGGGAACCGCAUUUGGGGGCCAUAAAGCGAUGUACAUUCCUAUCUCAUCCAAUCAAAAUCAUGGUAUCGGAAUGCCGUCAAACAGUGGCCGGUCACUGUGGAGUCCCUCGUCGGCAGCGAGUGCCGCCGCUGCCGGUCUACUGGGACGCAGUCGUGCUCGUUGCAGUUGGAUAUCGAAGUCGGCACCGACAACGCCGGGAACGGCUCUCCCACCCGCCGGAGGACUCGGAAGCGGCGGCGCAGGAGGACCGAUUGGCGAUCACAGUCCAUUGCUGCUGAACGAGCAGGACGAAGACGGCGAGCAAAACGUGUAG